CUGCAAACACCACAGGCUGGAUGAGGAGACACAGCGGGUUGAGCUGACACAAGUACAGUCCCAGAGUUAUUAUAACGUAACGGGGAAACUACUUUGACGCGGCUGUCGGUGAGUUCAUUAUAACAUGGUUCAAUAACAAUUAAGAAGGAGUGGGCAGAUGGAGGGCUGUCCGGGAAAACACCCGUGGAUCCAGUGAGUGCACAUCUGAAAUUGGACGACAGGUCUGUGAGGAGCCUGAUAACACCUGGGAAAUUAAUAUUUCGGCCGAGGUUGUGUUAUUCUUACCGGAGUGAAUCUACCUGAGUCACCUGUUGGAGCGGAACUGCUGUCUGUCAUCAGUCCUGCACUUUUUAAAAGUCUUCACUGAAGCCAUGGAACCGCCCAGUGCUCCGAGGGGAUGUGGUUCCAGUAUCAGCUCCAUGUACUACAACCUGUGUGACCUGACCACAGCGUGGGGAGUCGUGGUGGAGGCUUUUGCUGCUACUGGUGUGGUGACUUCCUUUAUUCUGUUGGUCGUCCUCAUGGCCAGCUUACCGUUUGUGACACACAAGAAGAGAAAAGGCAUGGUGGCCCUGCAGGCCGGCAUUCUGGUCUUCACUCUGGGACUCUUUGGACUCACCUUUGCCUUCAUCGUGGGUCGGUACUCCACCAGCUGCGCUGCACGGAGGUUCCUCUUUGGGGUACUGUUCUCAGGCUGUCUGGCCUGCCUGGCCAUGCACGGGCUGUGGCUCGCCCUGCUGGAGCGGAGAGGCCGGGGGCCCAGGAGCUGGAUGUUAUGCCUGGGAGCCCUGGGUCUAUGGAUGGUCGAGGUAAUCAUCAACACUGAGUGGCUCAUCAUCACUGUGGUCAGAAGCCCACCUGGAAGUAUCAUCGUCUCUGACCUGUCCUGCGGCGUUGCCAGCCAGGACUUUGUGAUGGCUCUGAUCUACGUGAUGGUUCUGCUGCUAGCCGUGGUGCUGAUGGCUCUGCCCUCACUGACACACAAGCACAAGCAGUGGCGCCGUGAUGGAGCCUUCAUCCUGGCCACCGGGCUCUUCACCUUGGUGAUCUGGGUAGCUUGGAUCGUCAUGUACCUCCACGGGAACAGAGUGGCCGGGAAUCCCAGCUGGGAUGAUCCUACUCUGGCUAUAGCCCUGGUGUCGAAUGCCUGGGUGUUCCUCUUCUCCUACACCAUCCCAGAAAUCUGCUUACUGACCCAGGCAGACCCAGACCAGGAGCAGCCGCUCGAUGGAGAGGAUGUUUAUCCUGCCAUGAGCCUGGUGUACGACAACGCCCAUAAGGAGCCAGAGCACGUCUACAUGGAGAAUAAAGCCUUCUCUAUGGACGAGCCACCAGCAGUACCCACAAAGCCAGUGUCUCCAUAUGCCGCUUAUAACGGUCAGCUACGGAGUUGUGUGUACCAGCCCACUGAAAUAGCCCUGAUUGCAAAGGGUCUGACAAAGAUGGACCAGGACUUGAUGAUACCUCGAGCCAGAGCCCCGUCUCUGGUUCCAGGAAGUGGCGGCUCUCUGCCUCGUUCAGUUGAGACCUCGCCGUCUUAAGGUCUGUCACACACACACGGGCGGUGUGAGUCGAGAGCGGAUUGCGCUGUCACCUACACACUCGGUUGUUACAGCGGUGAAAUCUCCACCAGGGAGUUUCAUCUUCCCUCAGAGUUCCUUGCAUCAAAUGUAAUGAGCCAUCUUUUGUCUGUCUUGGCAUGAAGCUUUGCAUAAUAACACACUGUGGUGGCUCUCAAGCAACGUGCGUCACAUUUCUACAUGUUGUCCUGUACUUUAUUUUGUCAGAUGUUUGUGCAUUGUUUGUUUGUUCUAUAGAACAAGGACUGAAAAGAUGAAGAUUAAAAAGGCUACCACUGUCGGAGAUGGGCAGUUUAUAGAGCCUACUGUAUACUUAGCCAAAUGAUUUCAGCAUGGAGAGGUUGUGCCUCAGCUCUUGUAUUUCAUUUUUAAUUCAUAAAAACAAUUUCCCUAAAUCUUCCCUCUUCUAACUCAAAUCCAUUUCUAUCUUGUUUCACUCAAAAACACAAUCAAGAAAAUUUUUACGUGCAGCAAUGUGCAACGUUUUCAGGUGACAGCUGACCUACAUUCAGCUUAUUGGUAAGGAAACAGUAGACAAGUAUUAAGUGACAACUGUUUAAAGCAAAGGAAAGGUCUAUAAUUUAACUGUUUGGUUAGUUUUUAUUCACAAACAUAGAGUCUCACUAAUGUUUUUCAUGUCAUAAAUCUACUGAAUGUAAUUAAUAUGUUGUAAACAUGCUUUUUCACAUGUGAAAUCAUGUUGUGAUUCAGACUUCCUCUUAAAGCCAUAUGAUUUUGUAGUGCCUUGGAUUUAUGAAAAUUUUAUGUAAAGGUGUAAAUUCUAACUUAUUAAAACUGUAAACGGAUACUUAAAUACUGUGUGGCUGUUGGAUCUGUUGGACUGUAACAGGUGUCAACUCACGAGGAGGCAGAUAUGGGUUAGUGCAAGAGGAAGUGUCACGAGGAUUAUACUGCUCAGAGCAGUUAUUUACAUGUUGGUUUGAUAAGCUUUAACUGCAUUUCCUGGGGCCCCUGCAGGCAUUGGCUAUCAUACUGUACUGUUAUGUGUGUGUGUACAUGGCAUAAACCAUUUUAGUGUGACACUGUGGGAAUGAUGCAGUACCUAAACAGUAAAAAUUUGAUAAUAAAUCCAUGUGGCGCCCUUUUUGAGAUUGAAUUUAGGACUGUAAUAUGCCUUGUUUACACUGCAUGGUACAGCACAGCUUCAAUCAAUUCGACUUCCUUUUCUUUUGGUUUUCCAUGAGCAAAACUUGUGGGUAAGUACUGUACCUGGAAUUUUUUGGAUCUAGGAUCCAAGCGAGCUGAGCUGAUACUAAAAUGAGGAGUUAAAACACUCAAGACCACUCAUUGGUCAGAGAAUCGUCACUAAAAUUCUCACAAGCGCAACAUGAGAAACCCAGCACAAACCUGAUUUUUUAAACAGCUAAGCUACCGUCGAUAACGACCUCAAAUUUAUUCAUUUCACCCACGUUUUUAAAUUUGGCAGCCUGCAAACCAAGUUGUAUACUAUGCCGCACAACUGACAAAGUGCAGAUGUUUCUCUGAAUUCAGCUAGUGUAGCAUUAAAGUUUUUUGUGGCGUCACUAUGGCGGUCAGCUGAGAAUCUGGCCUACACUGAGGGGGCACUAUCUGCAGUUGAAAACAAAAUAAAGAAAAGGACCUGGUAUCAAAAGUGAGUUGAGUCUACAGCCGAAACAUAUGGUGGAAAUAAGGCAUUAGAGCCACUGAGAGAUGCACUUCCAUUUUGAGUUUGGGGCAUUAUGAUGCUAUUAGGAGCAUCUGAUAAAAACUACAUUGUCCAACAGAAGAACUAGUGAAAGGAGCCUUCUCUGUGUGCAUGUUAGUUACAUAGGAAACUGAGUGGCCUGCAAAUAAACGCACCACAUCAUCACAUUAUUGGUAAGAGACAAAUAAACACGAAACAACUGCUCUGACUUACGAGUUCUUCCUUUUCUCCAAAGGAGAGAAACAAUUAAUCACAUACAAUUUGUCACACACACGCUCAAACAUGUACACACUUUCAGAGCUUCAGAGUGAGCUGUGGCUGCCUAGCAGCAGGCUGAGUAGGCUCUCUCCCAAUUACUCCCACCAUCCUGUGCUGUCAGCAGCCAGGAGUGCUUGCUCAGAGAGGAAAUUGCUCACAAACUGGAAAUCGGACUGAUCAGAGAUGAACAACAGAACGCUAGAUUUUACUCUGCGAUGCCUUGGGCCUCCACCUGCGUGGAUAGAAAAACAAAUGCAAAAAGCUACAAAUACAGAUGCAGAGAGGCAGCACAGUCUCGGAAAAGCAGGAAAA